ACCUGUUGUGUCUCCUUAAAGCGACCCAAAGCUGUGGGCUGCAUCAAACGCGUCGUCUCGUCCUCUGACAUCGGCCGCAGCUGCAUCCUCACCGCGACGCAGAGAGACACAAAGGCUUGUUGUGUAACUAAUUGAGGGCUUAAUGUCGCGGUGGGCAAAUACGCAUUAAGGGUUGCGGGUUGUGUGGUUAUGUUCAUUAAGACAUUCCUGCACGGAUUGGGGCGACAGAGAGUGUGAGGGCUUUACAUAAUAAAGUGCAUGCUUUUCACGUGAAAUGCCCCUUUAAAAGCGGUCUCCCUUCAGCCACAUUGAGGAGAAAUCGUAAACGAGCGGGGUUUGGGAGGAGUGAAAAGUCUGUAACAGCUGCACUUUGUUGUACCAAUUCGACUUCAGGAUGGUUGCAUCUUACCCUUUGCCGGAUGGCUUCACCGACUUCGACGUGUUCUCACUGGGAUCUUGUCUGCUGGUGGAGGGUCUGCUGGGAUUCUUUUUAAAUGCGGUGACGAUCGCUGCUUUCCUCAAAGUGAGGGAGCUGAGGACUCCCAGCAAUUUCCUAGUGUUCAGCUUAGCGAUGGCUGAUAUCGGCAUCUCUAUGAACGCCACCGUCGCCGCUUUCUCCAGCUUCCUGAGGUAUUGGCCUUACGGCUCUGACGGAUGCCAGACACAUGGUUUCCAGGGCUUUGUGACAGCUCUCGCCAGCAUCCACUUCAUCGCCGCCAUCGCCUGGGACAGAUACCACCAGUACUGCACCAGGACAAAGCUUCAGUGGAGCAGCGCCAUCACUCUGGCUGUAUUUGUCUGGCUCUUCACUGCUUUCUGGUCUGCCAUGCCCCUCAUCGGCUGGGGAGAGUACGACUACGAGCCCCUCAGGACCUGCUGCACUCUGGACUACACUAAGGGAGACAGAAACUAUGUGUCCUACUUGAUCCCCAUGAGCAUCUUCAACAUGGCCAUCCAGGUGUUUGUUGUCAUGUCCUCUUACCAGUCCAUUGCACAGAAAUUCAAGAAGACUGGCAACCCCAGGUUCAACCCCAACACUCCUCUUAAGACCAUGCUGUUCUGCUGGGGCCCCUACGGCCUCCUGGCUUUCUACGCCGCUGUGGAGAACGCCACCCUUGUCUCCCCCAAGCUAAGGAUGCUGGCUCCCAUAUUGGCUAAGACCUCUCCCACCUUCAAUGUCUUCCUGUACGCUUUGGGAAAUGAGAACUAUAGAGGAGGCAUCUGGCAGUUCCUCACUGGGGAAAAGAUUGAAGUGCCUCAAAUUGAGAACAAGUCCAAAUAAACUAAGCAUGUAAUAAUAACAAACACACGUACUGUCAUGGUGGUUUCUCACAGGCUCCUAAAUGUUUCUCUAUGUGAUUGUAUGUGAUCAUGUUGUGUCUUGAACAGUGGUAGCCUUUGUCCCUAGUAAAUAUCCGUCCUAAAUAUGUUGCCCUUUGUUUCUGCAGUUGUGUUUCGUAAAUGAUUUUGUCGACCACAAAUAAGAAUUGGCACAUUCAUAAAACAAACAAAAAAAACAUUGUAAAAUGACUUUCAAGCUGCUGCAAAGUGAACAAAAUUGAACACUUCCAACACAAAAUCUCUUUGGAGGGACUUUAAGUGCAGCAGUAUUUCAUUGUAUCACGUAAAUGCAACAAACAGACACUGGACUUGGCUACUUCUGUAACAAACACAGGGUUUUUUUUCUCAAAUUGAAUGUCAUUUCUCUGAUAGAGUAGGGGAUGCUUUUCAUUUUGAGUUAAUUUAAAGAAAUGCUUUCUGUAAACAGACGUCAUUAGUAAUUCCCAAAUAUUCUAUUGGUUUCCAGGUUGAUUUAAAUACAUUACAUUACAGUCAUUUAGCAGACGCUUUUAUCCAAAGCGACUUACAGGAAGUCCUACAAAAAAUGUUAUUUAAGGAGCUUCAAACCAAAUAGACAGAUAUUAGCUGACAGAGGAUCCAUGUCACAGUUUUUUAAUGCUUGACCUCUGACAGUCAGCAUGGUGUCCUUCCUUGUUUAUUGCACCUGUCAAUGUAGCGUGUGCAUGCCACUCUCGUCAUGCUCUGUAUGAUUGUGCGUGACCUCAGUAUUCAGAGCAGAACUGCACUAAUCCUCUAAACAAGACCACCAUUCUUCAACACACAGCCCCCACAACAAGUUAGAGAUUAGUCUAUGGCUGUAGCUUAACUGGACAUGCUUCUAGUCUGCAGAUUUACAUAUGAAAAUAAGUCAUGAUGAAUCACUGUAUUUUACUUAACAAUGAAUUAGAAAUGCAAAUUCCUGGUGUAGAUCAUGCAAAAUAUAAUUGAAAUCCCUUCUAUGACUGAGACUUAGACUCGAUUUAAUUUAUUGAAUUAACUAGUGCAAAUCAUAAUAAUUAAGAAUAAUACAAAAUAUUUUUCUUUUAUUAUUUAUUUUUCUUCACAAAACGACAUUACUUUGAAAUUUCAUUGAAAUAUAUAGUCUACCCAAUAACAUACUGGUUAUCAUAUAAUCAACAUUCUUACAGUAGGUUUCAAAAACCAAGCAGGCUAC